AUGGGUUGUGGUAGCAGUACAUAAUAAACUAAAAUACCAAAAUCAAAAAAGGAUGAUAAGAUCCUAGGUAAUGAAGUUCCCGAAUACUACGUAGGAGAGGAAACAAACUAGCAAAAGACUUUGCACGACGAUGAUGAUGAUAAUCAGAAGACUGAAAAAAAUAUAGCUUCAGUUGUUAUGGAUAAAAAAGAAGAAAAGAAAAGAGUAGUUAAAAAAGGUGGUGUUAAGAAAGUUAGAGGAGAUUAUGAUUCUAAUGAGGCUAUUGUAGAAAAAAUUAACAAGUUGAACAAAUCAAAAUCAAAGUCAGACCAAGAUCUUAUCAUGAAUAGUUUAAAAAACCACUAUGUAUUCUAUGCACUCACAGAUGAAGAACUUGAAUUUGUCACCCAAAAAAUGUUUUACUGUGAAAAUACUGCUGAGUACGUUUUUAAGCAAGAAGACAAAGCAUCAUCAUACUUCAUUAUUGAGAGUGGUUAAGUUGACAUCAUUAUUAACGAUGAGGUGAAAAGAACACUUAAUCCUGGAGAGAGUUUUGGUGAACUAGCUCUUCUCUAUAAUGCUCCAAGAAGUGCCUCUAUAAGAUGCAAAGGCAAUUGCCAUUUUUGGGCUAUAGAUCGUAACUCCUUUAGAAAAACAAUAGAGGAUAUGGUUUAGAAGAACUACGAGGCUAAUAGAACUUUUAUGGAGUAGGUCAACUUUUUCAAGUCUAUGAAUAGCGAAUAAAAGGAUAGCAUUGCAUCAGCCUUGAUUAAUAUCAAAUUUAUGAAGGGAGAGAACAUUGUUAACGAAGGUGAUGCUGCUGAUUCUUUCUUUAUGAUUAAAGAAGGUACUGUUUCAGUUUGGAAAGAUAAAAAAGAAAUUAGAAAGCUUGGAAAAGGAGAUUCAUUUGGUGAGUAAGCCCUUUACGUUAGUAGCAAAAGAGCCGCUUCCGUCAGAGCAGAAGGUCCUGUUAAAUUAUUGUCUUUAGGUAGAGAUAACCUAACAAAAAUAUUAGGUGAUAAAAUUUAGGUCAUCAUUUUCAACAAUAUCAUUAGAUGGAGUUUUGCUAAAUCUGACUUAUUAAAGUAGUUGACUAAAAUUUAAGUUGAAAAGAUCACAAAUAAUUGUAAAAUAGCCAACUUAAAGCAAGGUUUCCACUUGUAUUCAAAGGAUGAAGCUUGUGAUAAGCUUAUCAUAGUCUUAGAAGGUACUGUUUGCACUUCCAGUGGUAAAGAAAUUGCAACUAAAGGUUAAAUGUAUGGUGAUGAAUUCCUAAUUACAUCAAAACAAAACUAACAAUUUGCAGAAGAUAUCAUCAUGAAAACAGAUGGUGUGAUCAGUUCGAUUUCUUACAAGACAUUCUAAAAAUGCAUUGGAGGUGACAUCGAAAAAGUUAUUAAAGCUAAUGAGGACUCUCACGAAAAGAAAAUGGCUAACUUGGAGGAUAAAAAGGAUUACUCUCACAUCAAGCUCGAUCACUUGAUUUUUAUCAAGAAGCUAGGAUUUGGUUAAUUCGGUUCAGUCUACUUGGUCAGAAAUAAGGAUUCCGGUGCUCUGUAUGCAUUAAAGUCUGUUUCAAAGGCUUAGAUAAUUGAAUAAAAUCUUGAAAAACAUCUUCUUUAAGAAAAGCAAGUCUUAGAAACUGUUAACUUCACUUUUAUUAUGCAAUUUAUCCGCACAUUUAAGGAUAACUAAAGUGUCUACUUCUUAGUAGAAUUUAUUUCAGGAAUGGAGCUUUUCGAUGUUAUUAGAGACAUCGGUUUACUCUCUACAUCAGAUUCUUAAUUUUAUAUUGGAACCUUGAUUCUAUGUAUGGAAUAUCUCCACUCUCGCAACAUUAUUUACAGAGAUAUUAAACCUGAAAACAUUAUGGUUGACUCUAAGGGUUAUAUGUACAUGAUUGAUAUGGGAACAGCUAAAAUCCUCAAGCAAGGAAAACACCCAGGUCGUACAUUCACUAUUAUUGGUACUCCUCACUACAUGGCUCCAGAAAUUAUUCAGGGCAAAGGUUAUUCCUACAAUGCAGAUCUUUGGAGUGUAGGUAUCUGUCUCUAUGAAUUCCUCUGCGGUGGCGUACCAUAUGCCGAAGAAGCUGAAGAUCCUUAUGAGAUCUACGAAGAAAUCAUAAAGAAGAAUAAUGUUAAAUAUCCAAGCUUCUUAAAAGACAAAAAAGCAAAACGUUUAAUUGAUUAACUUUUAUCAAAGGUCCCUGAAUUACGUCUUGGCGGUAGCUUCGCUGCCCUUAAAGCUCAUCCUUGGUUCGACAACUUCUCUUGGGAUGAUUUAUAUAAUAAAACCAUGAAACCACCCUAUAUUCCUCCUGAAAACAAAAUUAUACAUGAUAAAGAAAUCAUGGAUAUGGCUAAACAAGGUAGACUUGUUAUUAACGAAAUCAAGCACGAAUAAGAAAAAGGAAAAGAAUACAAUAAAGAACGCGCUCGUGAUCCUAAUUGGGAUAAGGACUUCUGA